AUGAAAUAAGAUGAUGUUUAGUCUCCUUAAUUGUGUGAUGAUCACAUACCUAAGCUUACGAAUCCUAGAAGAUCAGCUAUUUUCAAGGCUACUAAUGACAUAAACUUAACUAAAUUAGAUACCAAGUACUAAAAGAAAAAUGACAUUUUAGUGGCUUAAAUCUAAAAAAUAGUUAAGCAUAUGCCUUCUGAUGAUAGAGAAUUAAAAGCUGAGAGACAUCUAUAUGAUGCUUAUUAUCUAAGGACAAUCAGAAAUGAUAUUGAUAUGUCUAAUAAAGUGUUUUUAAAAUUUUUAUGGAAAAUUGAAAAUAGUAGAAAUUGGAGUGUGAUGCUCUUAACAAUUACAUUAUUGUAUCAGAUUCUUACAUUCUUUGAGAAGCCCUUUCCAAAUUCAGAUUAAUUAGAAAAUUCAUUAAUUUCUAAAUUGGAACUUGGUAUAUUGAUUUUGUUGGUUUUUGACUUUAUUAUUACAUUCAUUUUAUUAGCCACCAAAAAGAAUGAUGGUGGUUUCUAAUUUAAUACUAAAAGAAUGUUAAAAUUGAUAUUUAUUUUAUUGUGUGGAAUGGAUUUUAUAAACUAUCAAUAUGAUCAAACUCAAUUAAGAUUUAGUCGAAUGAUAAGACCCAUUCUUAUGAUAUUUUAUUCAAAAGAUUUGAGAAGAAAUCUAAAAGGAAUUGCAAAUGCUAGUAGAGAUUUGCUUCUAUUAUUUUUACUUUAUGCAAUUAUAAUAUCAACAUUUUCUUUUAUUGGAAUAAACUUAAUUGGUUAAUUGUAAAUUGUAGAUGAGGAUACUUAAGAUUAUGGAGAUUUCUUUAAAUUAUUUAAUAUGUUAUUUAUGACAGCCACUCUUGAUUUCUACCCAGAUAUUAUGAUACCUGUUUUAUUUUAGGAAACUUAUUAUGUAUUCUUUUUUGUGAUAUAUAUAAUUCUAUUUUUAUUUCUCUUUUAACCUAUCCCAUUAGCUAUUGUGUAUGAAGGAUUUCGUAAACAUAGAAUGUAAAUAGCAAUUUAAGAUAUUAUCAAAUAAAAAUCAGCUAUGAUGGCUAGUUUCAUUUCACUUGAUUCUAAUGAUGUUGGUUUCUUAACUGAAAACCAAUUCAAAAAAUUUCUAAAAACCUUUUAUCGAGAUUAAUUAACAGAUGAUCAAAUAAAAAUCAUAUUUUAAGAAAUUGAUAAAGAUUUUAAGUAAUAUUAUUUUCUUAAAUAGUGAUAAGAUACAAUUUGAUGAAUUUAAUUAAUUGUUAACAGUAUUGUAGAAUAGCAAAAAUAUAUCAUUACCUAAAAUGAAAUCAUUAAAAUGUUGGGAAUAAUUCAGAACAUUUUGUAAUAAAUAUGGAGUAAAAAAGAUUAUUGAAUCUUGGGUAAUUAUUGAUUUGAGAAUAGGGAUUUAUUAUAUUUAUGCUAGUUAUAACUAUAUUAAAUUGUUCUCUUAUAAUAACAGCAUUUUUUAUAGAUGAUUUUGAAAUAUUAAGUGUAUUUGAUAUUAUUGAUACAGUGUUUUUAGGAAUUUAUAUUUUUGAAUGUUUGAUUAAAAUAAUAGGAAUUGGUAUUGUAGAUUUCUUUAAUGAUGGAUGGUAUUAUUAUUAAUCAUUAAAAUUAGGAAUGUUUUUGAUUUGAGUAUAAUAAUUCUAUAAAUCCUAUUUGAUUUCAUUUUAUUUUCAUUUGUUACUGGAAAUAUUGUUUAAUCUAUAAAAGCAAAUAGAAUAUUAAGAAUUGCUAAAAUUUAAAAAGCAUUUCGUAUAUUUAGAGCAUUUAGAUCAAUCAAAUUAGUUGGAUUUUUAUUAUAAGGUUUAGAAAUCUUUGCUUAUGUGAAAAAUUUACUUUAUAAAAUAAUAAUUUGUAUACCACUUAUUUUAAGAUUAAUUUUACCAGUUUAAAUAGUUUUUUUUACAUAUGCUUGUGUUGGAAUUUAUAUAUAUGGAGGUUUAGAAAUUAAUACAGAAAAUCCAUUUUCAAAUACUUCAUGUGAUCCAAAUGAAUUUAGAUUUUAAUGGGGAUAAUGUAAAUAUUCAGAUUUUAAUUCAUUCAGUGGAUCAUAUUUGAUGAUGCUACAAAUAUUUACAGCUGCCUCUUGGGGAUAAAUAGUUUUUUAAUUAUCUUAUGAAACUAAAACUUUAGUAGUUCCAAUGAUUUUUGUAGGUUCGUUUGUUUUCUUAUCUAUUUUUUUAUUAGCUCUGAUUGGAGGAUUAGUUUGGGAAGUAUUCACUGUAGUUUCUAAGACUUUAUUUCAAUAAGAAUUGGAAAAAUAUAAACCAGAAGAAAGAGCAGUUGUGGAAUUAAAUUAUUAAGAUGAAGCAAUAUUGGGCAGUAGUUUUGGAACAGAUAAUGAUCUUAAAAGUGUAUAAGAACUUAGUAAUGUAAUACAAUUAUAGAAAAAAACAGCUAUUUUAAAUGAUGACAAUCCAGAUAUCUUAGAAUUUAAACCAAGAAGUUCUAGAUUGAAAGCAUAUUAAAAUGAUUUAAUUGAGAUUCCUAUUGAGAUUGAACCUCAAAUAGAUACUAAGACAUAUAAUAAAGUAUUAAAUGUAGGAUUUAUUACUAAUAAAGUUAUAAAGAAGAUAAAACCAUAAGGAGAUUUUAUAUAAAUUAUUUAGGAAUCUAAGUUUGAAAUUCAAAAGAUUUAUUGUGAUUAUUUUAUAGAUUAUAAUGAAUUUUUAGAAUAGAAAUUUAUUAAACAAUCGUAUAAUAUUUAUAAUGUAACAUCAGAGUAUGUAGUUCAUAUAAGAAAUGAAAUAAAAAAGGAUGAAAAUUUUAAGAAAAAGCAUAUUAAUAUUUCCAAUCAUGAUUUAUUGAUAUAGAAUGCAGUAUUGAGAGACACUAGUGAAGUUUAUAUCAAAAAAUAAGAAGAAGAAUUUUUAAAACAUGAAUUUGGAUAAAAAUUUGAUUUGAUUAAGGAAUUAAAAUUUAAAAAUAAAUUUAAAAUAGAAAGUAAAAUUUUAUUCUCUUUAAUGGGAAUCUUAAAAUUUCCAAAACCAAAUAUAAAAUAUUUUUUUUAGAUUUUAUAUCUAAUUGAGAAUUACUUUACUUAUUAAUUGCUUCCUGAUAAUUCAUUUUUUAAAUUAAUUCACUCUAUAGAUGGUAGAUGGUAUUUAAUUAGUAUUGAAAAUAAUUAAAUAGUGUUCACAAAAAUAGGUUAUGGUCCUUGGACUUAUGAAACAAUAUUAUUUGAGACAGGUUAAAUGAGAAUAUGUGAAAAUCUAAAGUUUAUGAAAGAUUUAAAAAAUUAAGAAAUUAAAUAUCAUAUUAAAGAAUUUCAUUAAAGUAUGAAUAAGAUGGCAAAACAAUUUGAUAUAGAUGAAAAUAAAAUUGAUAUCAGAAGUACUAUUGUAUUGUAUCAAAUUAAAAAUUAAAAAUAUUAACCAACUAAUACAACCACACCAAGAACUUAUGAAAAAAGUAAAAUUUUAAACUAUUUGACUAUGAGUUCUUAAGUAAGAUAGAGAUUCGCAGAUGUUGAUCUACUUUAAGAUGAUCUGAAACAAGAUUCUUAUAUUUAAUAUAUAAAUAAUUAAGAUGAAACUCAUAAACAUGUUAGUUAAACAAUUAUUUUUGUUUUAUCUAAGAUUUAAGCUUAGGAGGGAAGAAUAACUUAUCAAAAUUAAGUCAUGUUAGCAUAAUUUAUAUAGGAUUUGGCAAGAGUAAUCAAGAAUUAUUCAUAAAAUUUUUUCUAAUAAUUAGAGGAUCUAUAUUCAAUGAGAAGUAAUUAAAGAAGUAUGAAAUCAAGAUAAAAAACCCAUAUAUCUAAAUGA